GAAAUCGUGCUCGCACAGCACCAGGUUAUCCCUAAUUUAUUUUGUCUCAGUGAUUGUGUUUGUUGUAUUUUCCUAUCAUUAUUUGUAUGGCUUUGAGAGAAGGUUUGGAGGUUCAUUGUGUUGUUUUGAAAAAUGGGUUUUGUGUUAAUUUGUAUGUUGGGACUUCUUUGGUUGAUAUGUACGUGAAGUUUGGUUUUCUGGGUAGUGCUAGGAAGGUGUUUGAUGAAAUGUCUGUGAGAAGUUUGGUUUCUUGGACUGCUGUUAUUGUUGGGUAUGCUAGGUGUGGGGAUAUGAGUGAGGCUAGGAAGCUUUUCGAUGUUCUUCCUGAUAGAGAUAUUGCUGCUUCUAAUGUUAUGAUUGAUGGGUAUGUGAAAAUGGGGUGUAUGGAUUUGGCGAGGGAUUUGUUUGAUAAGAUGAAGGAUAAGAAUGUUAUUUCUUGGACUAGUAUGGUUCAUGGUUAUUGUGAGGAUGGUGAUGUUGUGGCGGCUAGGUUUAUGUUUGAUUGUAUGCUUGUCAAGAAUGUGCUUAGUUGGAAUGCGAUGAUUAGGGGAUAUUGUGAGAAUAGACGACCGCACAAUGCGUUGAAGUUGUUUUGGGAAAUGAGGGGAAGUUUGGAUGUGGAAAUGAAUAAAGUGACGGUUGUGAGUGUUCUUCCUGCUGUUGCUGAUUUGAGUUCUUUGGAUUUGGGUGUUUGGAUUCAUGGGUUUGUGCAAAGGAACCGACUUGAUGAAGAUGUUCAAGUGUGUAAUGCUUUGGUUGAUAUGUAUGCAAAAUAUGGGGAAAUUGGAAAAGCUAAAUUACUUUUUGAGGAGAUGAAUGAAAAAGAUACAUCGUCUGGUGUCAAUGGUUGUGCGAAGGAAGCGUUAGAAGUAUUCGCAGCAAUGUUACAGGAAGGAUUUAAACCGAAUGAGAUAACAAUGACUAGUGUGUUAUCUGCUUGCAACCAUUGUGGUUUGGUAGAGGAAGGAAGAAGAUGCUUCAAAGAAAUGGAGAGAUUUGGAAUUGUGCCUCAGAUUGAGCAUUAUGGUUGUAUGAUUGACCUUCUAGGAAGGGUUGGAUACUUGGAUGAGGCUGAAAAU